CGGCUCUGAAGAAGAAAUCAACAUGGAAGGUCAAGAUAUGCAUAACUUCAAAUCCGUGGUAUGACUGACUGUGUUAUGGUCAUGUAUUGUAAUGUUACUGUAGUGGUCUGGCAUUUUUUGGCAUAAUGAAAAGGAUUACAGAAAAUGGGAGCGAAAUACAAGACUUAAACCUCUGCUCUGGGCAACUCCUCAUCAUAAAACUAACAAAGGAGAAAUCAGACCAUCUCUGACUGGAAAAUCAGGUGUAAACAUGGGAAAAUCUCAAUCUCAUGUCCACAAUGAUUUCACAACACUCCCCAAAUUCCCUUCGAGAAGGACAGCUGAAAAAGUGGAACAGGACCAGAUCACCUCAAAGACGAAAUACAACAUCAAAGAACUGAUGUUACUCAUCAAAUCCAGGAAAGAAGCAAUAAAAGACCUGGAGGAGAUCUGUGAACAGCUUCAAGAGAGGAACCUGCAGAUGGCCAGAAGCAUAAUGGAGACAGACAGAAGCUCAUUCGCCAGAACCAAUGAACUACUCAUCCAGACAGAGCAAAAGAGGAGAUCUACGGUAGCUUUGAAACGAUGGAAUGACAGUCUUAUUAGAAGUGCCAAAGCAGAGCUGAGAGAUAUAAAGGAAGCAUCACAGACACAUCUCAGCGGUUUGCAGAAGCAGUUGGAUCUGCUAAAAGCGAAGGUGGUAGAGGCUCAGAAAGAGCUCCGCAGACUGAAGACAUACAAAGAUAUGGAGUUCCCAGUCAAGGCCUUGCAGAUUGCAGACAUGGAAAGAAAGCUGGACAGACUGAAAGCGAUUCAGCAGAAAGAGCAAGAAGAUUUGAAUCUGUUUUUUAAGAAAGAAAUGGUCAAUUUGGAGAGACGCCAGUGCCAAAGAGAACAAGAAGUGCUGUCUGCUGUUGUUGAGAAACAUGCUUCCCAUAUCCCUCCCAUUGUCAAACUGAUGGCUUCACAGAAUGAUACAAUGAGGGAAGAGAUUCAUAAACAGAAAAGUUUGGUAAUGGAAAUGCAGCGAAAGAAUGAAGAGCUAAGGAAGAGUAUUCAGGAACUGCAACUAUCAAAACCAAAAAACAUCAGGAGAGAGAUCUUUCCAGAUGUUUUCCUGAAACCAGACAAGUGUACUCCAGAUAUGGACGUCCAUCUCAAUAUACCUCAAGUGGAUUUGCUCCCUGUGUAGCCUCGUGCUGAAGGCAUUACCUUUUUGAGUCUUCCCUUGAGCUGCUAUAUAUUACUGAGGAAAAUCAAUGAAGCCACUUCAUUAAAUCAUUUUACUCAGUCAAACAAUUGUACAGAUCUUCUUUUUGUUAUUUGUCUUUGCUUUCAGUUUGUUUUAUAGGUUUUAUCAUCUCUUUUUUUUUAAAAAACACAAUAUAUUGCACUCUAGUGCAAAUGCCAUGAUUUACUGAUGUGCUUUUAGACAUGCAACCGCAUACAUGUAUUUUUGUGUUUCACAAAAUGACCACUUUUAUUUGGUAAGUAGUAACAAAAUACCUCUUUACAAGCAAGUCUUUUUCUACUAGCAUACCUACAAUAGUCUCAUUGUAAAUAUACUAACAUUCAGAAAUUUUUGAAAGAAGCCUCCUGUGCUCACCAAGGGCAUUUAUUUGAUCUAAAAUACAGUAAAAAUAUUUAUAUUGUGAAAUAUUAGCAUUUAAAAGUAAUUUAAAACUGUUUUCUGUUUUAAUAAUGUUUCAAAAUGUAAUUUAUUCCUAUUCUGCCAAAAUUAAAUUUUCAGCAAACAUUACUCUCCAGUCUUAAGUGUCACAAUGAAAUGAUGAUUUGGUGUUCAAGAAACAUUUGUACAUUUUACAGUGUUGAAAAAAGUUGUGCUGCUUAAUAUUUUAUGGGAACCAACCGUGGUCCUUUUUUUUCAGGAUUCUU